CAGGGCCGUAACAAUCAAAACGUCGUACCUGCGGCAGACGGCUUACAUUGUCGCGUUUGGAGAAUUGUACCUGCAUCGUUUCUGUCGCGUUGAAGCAUCCCUUGACGCAUCCUCCCGCUAAGCCCCUGAUGCUAGCCCGUCGCUAGUUUAGGUGCACGCCAUCGAGCAGCAUGACUUCAGAGGGGGCCCGGAUAACUCGCUGGCUGCAGUUGCAGGACACCGCUACACACCAAGGGCCGCUGCUUAGUCCGGGGAAUGAAUUUCCUCUGAGAACCUUACCGUCUCUUCCCUCCGCCAGCUCCAUCUCCGACCUGGAUUCGGAUGACGGCCCCCGAGUCUCGCAACCACGCACCAACAUCGCGAAACUCAUCCAUCCGCCCACCCCUACCAUGACGGAUGAGCAGACGGCGGCUCGAAGACGUUCCUCCUCGCUCGCCGGCGCAACCCUGCCCACUAAAACAGACCUGAAGAAGCACCGCCGGCACCGUUCCGACCACAUUGCUGAAGAAGGAGAAGAAUCCUCGUCCGGUGCGGACCGUUCCGAUUCAGACUCUGACAGCGACGACUCCGACCUCGACGACAUGAGCGCAGACGGGCUCGAAGACGAUGAGGAGACGGGCCUUACCAAGAGAGACAGGCGGAGACGCCGGAGAAGAAAGAGGAGGAACACGUUGCUCGACCAGCGCAUCGUCCCCGACGAUACGUACACAAAGGAGGAGAAGAAGCUCGCCGACCAGAACUUGCUCAAGUCCAUGCUGGUCAACGGAGCCCUGAUAGGCCUAUGGUACCUCUUCUCCAUUUCGAUAUCUGUCUACAACAAAUGGAUGUUCAAGGAAGCCAAGGGCGACGGCGAGACCAAGAACAUCUUUCCAUUUCCGCUCUUCACAACAUGCCUGCAUAUGAUCGUCCAAUUCACGCUUGCGUCGCUCGUUCUAUUCCUAAUACCCUCCUUUCGACCUCGACACGAUUCCCUUAACCCUCACGCUGCCGGCGCGCGUAUGGAGCCCUUGGACCCAAACAAGCCGCUUAUGACCAAAUGGUUCUACUUCAGUAGACUCGGCCCGUGCGGUGCGGCCACUGGCAUGGACAUUGGCCUGGGCAAUACGAGCUUGAAGUUCAUCUCGUUGACAUUUUUCACCAUGUGCAAAUCAUCUGCACUCGGCUUCGUGCUCAUCUUCGCAUUCCUCUUUCGCCUCGAACAGCCGUCCUGGCGACUUGUAUUCAUCAUCCUUAUCAUGACCACUGGUGUCGUCAUGAUGGUAGCCGGCGAGGCUGCCUUUCACACACUCGGCUUCAUUCUCGUCAUGGUCUCAGCCUGCUCAUCCGGCUUCCGCUGGUCCUUGACCCAAAUUCUGCUCCUCCGCAACCCCGCGACCGCGAACCCAUUUUCCUCCAUCUUUUUCCUCGCACCCGUCAUGUUCAUCAGCAUACUUAUUCUCGCGAUACCCGUGGAAGGCUUCUCCGCGCUCAUGGAGGGUCUUUCACACCUAUUCGAAACUAAAGGCACUGGCCUCGGCAUUGGCAUUCUUUUGUUCCCGGGAGUCCUGGCCUUCCUCAUGACCUCGUCCGAGUUCGCUCUACUGAAGCGCACUUCGGUCGUCACUCUUAGCAUUUGCGGCAUUUUCAAGGAAGUUGUUACCAUUGGAACCGCAAACCUCGUUUUCAAGGAUCCCCUGACGCCUAUCAACCUGACUGGGCUUGUUGUCACGAUCGGCAGCAUCGCGGCAUACAAUUACAUGAAGAUCAAGAAGAUGAGAGAGGAAGCUCGCAUGAAUGCGCAUCUCCAGAACCAAGAGGUGUAUGCGCCUGUCAAUACCGUGGAUCCCUUGGAGCGCGACAGAAGAGGCAGUGUCGUUGUGCGACCAGGACAAGGCAUUGUACGCAACAGUCUCCAGCUUGCGCCCGGACUAAGUGGGGGACCAGUAACGGAAGCUCCAGCGAGAGCAAGCCCGAUAAAAACCGCUCGGGAUACUGAGUAG